AUGGGCGGCAGCACACUCGCGCAAGUGCGCGGCCGUUACGUCGCAUCGAAGAAUGCCCAAAGGCACCCCGAAUUAAAGGAAAGACCUGACGUGGCGAACCCGGAGGACGUGGUGCCGCCCAGGGACCUCCUCGACCUCAACGCCCGGAAACGUGCAGUAAAAGUAACCCCAUCCACGAGGCAACAAUUAACACGGCAGCUUUUAAGAGCCCCGUUGCACAUGCUCGGCCGCUCCUCGGCCCUUCGGCUUUACGCCGCCCAAGACAUGCUCGGCCGCUCCUCCGACCUGGCUGAAACAUUCAACACCCUGCGAAGGCUCAGCCUGCGCCUCAACCCCGCCAAGUGGGUCGAAGCCGAGCCCCUAGCAACCAUCACGGAGUCACAAGUGCAAAAGUUCGUGUGGAGAAACCUCGUAACUCGGUUUGGCCUGCCCCAGUCCAUCGUCACCGACAAUGGACCUCAGUUCGCCGGCAGGAGGUUCCAAGAGUUCUGCGCCAAGCACAAGAUUCAGCUGAGGUUCAGCUCGGUGGCUUACCCCCUGGCGAACGGACUAGCUGAAGUAACCAACCGGUCCAUCAUCGACGGUCUCAAGAAAAGAGUGUCCGCUGCCCGAUCGGCCUGGAUCGACGAGCUCCCGAGCGUCCUAUGGGCGCUGCGCACUACCCCUAAGACCCCAACGGGGGAGUCUCCCUACAGCCUCACGUUCGGGACCGAGGCCGUAUUACCAUCCGAAGUAGCUGUCCCGACUCCGCGGACAGCAGGCUACGACGAAGAGGCCUCGGGUGAAGGGCUCCGAUCCAACCUGGAUUUGCUCGAAGAAAGACGGGCCGACGCGCACCGGAAAACCCUUUCUUACAAAAGAGCCAUAGCGAGGGUCUACAACUGGAGGGUACGACCCCGAUCGAUAAAGCUAGAGGACCUGGUCCUGCGCAAAAUCGAGGUCAGCCACCCGACCCGAGUAAGGGGGAAACUGGCCCCGAAGUGGGAAGGACCCUAUCGGGUCAUCGAAGUGUCCCGACCAGGGACGUUCCGACUCGCAACAAUGGAUGGCGACCCCGUGCCCAGGACUUGGAACAUACAGAACCUUAGGAAAUACUUCAUCUGA